AUGUUGAGUGGAGAUUCGAGACCAUCACACUACCCUGUGAAUGGGUCGAGGAUUACCACCCAGGUGGUUAUCACCCCGUCAUUCUCUGCCUGUGACAUCGAAAAUGGUGGAUACGUCGCUCUGAAGAUCCUUGUGGCCCAACUGCCUGAAUCGACAGCUAAGCUACACAUCCCACGACAUAUCACCGAAACGGCACCGACAGAAGCUGCCAGCCAUGUCACGCGAUUGCUAGACGAAUUUGAGCACCACGCUUCUAAUGGCGUCCACGAAUGCCUUGUAUUUGAGCAUAUGGGUCCGAGUGUGAACUCUAUGGUCGAGGAGCUACCCCAGUUUAAACCUCGAAUGUUUGGAAUGAAGCUCUGGCAUUCUUGCAUCGGAAUGGCAUUGCGCAUGGAGAUUUUCAGCCAGGAAACAUUCUCUUCACUCUGA